AUGAACCAAGAAGAGCAAGUGAAGCUUUUGGGGUUAUGGGGAAGUCCUUUUAGCAAAAGAGUAGAGAUGGUCCUUAAACUUAAAGGCAUCCCAUAUGAAUAUAUUGAAGAAGAUGUUUACGGUAACAAGAGCCCAAUGCUUCUCAAAUACAACCCUAUCCACAAGAAAGUCCCUGUCCUAAUCCACGGUGACCGAUCCAUAGCCGAGUCUCUGGUGAUUGUCGAAUACAUCGAAGAUACAUGGAAGACAAGUGAGCCGAUCUUGCCUCAAGAUCCUUAUGAACGUGCCAUGGCCCGUUUUUGGGCUAAGUAUGUGGAUGAUAAGGUAAUACUAGCAUUGUGGAAGGCUUGUUGGGGACCGGAAACCGAAAGAGAAAAGAUGGUGGACGAAGCUUCAGAGGAUUUGCAAUGCCUUGAAAAAGAGCUUGGAGAUAAACAAUUUUUCGGAGGAGAGACAAUUGGAUUUGUCGAUAUAGCGGCUGAUUUCAUAGGAUAUUGGCUAGGGCUCGUCCAAGAAGCUUCAGGUGUGACCAUCAUGACCGCAGAGAAGUUUCCUAAACUUCAACGUUGGUCGGAAGAUUUCGUUGCGAAUAGUUUUAUUAAGGAAGCCUUACCGCCUAAGCAGAAGCUAGUGGCCCUUUUCAAGACCAAAUUUGGAAGUGCGAAAUCUAAGUAA